AUGGCUCCAAUGCGGUCGCCCAUCCUCGGCUUCCUUCUGGUGUUGAUUUUCACCCAGUGCAUAGCCUGCGCCCACGGGCAGCUCCGGGAGCAUUUGGAAGGAAUGGAAGGUGCUUGGAUAGUGUACGAUUACUAUCCAGGAAGCGACCCCAGUGGACCCCCAGACAACGCCAUGAACGUCACUUUUGCCAAUCCGCUUGACAACGUGUACACGGGGAGCUUUUCGAAGGAUGGUGGACCCGAACUUGGCGUCCUCACUGGCUUCUAUUCGGGUGAUACGGGCGAGUGGUGCGGCAGCUACUUCUGCAGCACAUGCAGCCCAUCGUCAAUGGCAAUUUCUGGGGCUCUCAAGCUCAAGCCGUCGGCUGGCGGCAUGGAAGGCAUUUGGUUUACAUAUGGCACCGAGGGAAUUGGGCACAGCAAGUUGUUCCGGCCUCAAGGCGACCACCCGGUGGUCUGA